AUGUCCUCCUCCUGGCCACCCCAGCUCAAGUUGAAGCAGCAGGCGACGCGCACUCACAUCGCCACUCCCACCAACCACUCGGCUUUGACUUCCUACGCUUCCUCACCGUCGCACACCCCCACAGGCGGCUACCUCAACAGCAAUGGGCAAGGAAGUGGCUACACUAACACAUACGCUACCUCUCACACGACGGCUCAUACGACUACCCCUAACAAGAAGAACAAGAAAAACAACAAGCGGAAGCAGAACGGUGGCAACGAGCAAUCAGGGCCGCACUACACUCCUGACGCCGACGCUGAUCUGGGAUCCAGAAUAGCUGGUAUCGGGCCCUUGCCGUCACAGGUAGGCAGGAAGAAACUCAAGGGCAAGGUGGGAUUUGGCUACACAGAGCCUGAGCCAGAAGUGGACCCGAACGUGAUCAACUGGGACAAGUACACGAUCAAGGGGACGUCGACGAAGCUAGAGAAGUCGUACCUGCGACUAACCUCGGAGCCUUCCCCUGCUGAUAUUCGACCGCUGCCUGUGCUCAAACAAACCCUGCAGCUUCUGAAGCAGAAAUGGAAGCAGAAUCACAAUUACGCCUAUGCGCUUGACCAGUUCAAGAGUAUGCGUCAGGAUCUGACUAAAGAUCUUGGCGAGUACAACCAAUGUCAGUCCAUGUUGCGGCAACUGUACGAACUCGGGAUCAGUGGUCACCCGAAGGAGUUCCUGUCUUACAGGAUCAUGUACCUCCUGCACACCAAGAACAUGUCUGAUAUGACGUCUCUCCUUGCCGCGCUCACACCGGAAGAGAAGGAGGACCCGGGUGUGCACCACGCUCUGCAGGUGCAUGCGGCGCUGGUGACGUCGAACUAUGUGCGAUUCUUCAGAUUAUUCCUGGAGGCGCCGAACAUGAGUGGCUACAUCAUGGACCACUUCGUAGAGCGAGAGCGCGCUCAGGCGCUGGCGAUCAUGUCCAAAGCGUACAUGACGCUGCCUUUGCCGUACCUAACGAAGACGCUGGCGUUUGAGGACGACGAGGAGACGGAUCAGUUCCUAUCCGCGCACAACGCGGCCGUGUACACGAACACGCGAGAUCCGAAGGAUCCCUGGAAGCCGAUCGCUCUCAGCGAGCGCGUGUGGGACUGCAAGAAGGCGCACGGCGCGUGUGUCCAUGCCACGCAGCAGUAUCGCGUCGUCGACCUCAAGGGUCAGGUCGACUAA